UUCAGAGAAAUCACACAAAACCCUAGCACUGCAAGCCUACGCCACCGCCGCAAGGAGUGGCAUACUGCCGCAGUCCGUCGCACUCAAAGUUCGCCAUCCGUCAUCUAGCUUCCCUCGUGCUCCAAGUCUUCAACCCCUGUUCGCUGUCACCGAUCGCGGCUGCUUCCUCGAGCUCGGCGUCCGUCGUCUUUGUCUGCUCAGCCGCGCUUCCGUCGCCGUUUGUUUGCCGUUCACGUUCGCGUUCACUCGCUGUUCACCGUUCGAGUUCGCCAUCGUCUGGAAGCCACGUUGCUCUGCUUCAAACUCUGCGACCAACCCGCGCUCUCCACCCAGCCUUCGAACUGCUCUCUUUUGUCGCCGCCUUGGACCAGUAAAUCAGUAAACCAGUGACUAAAGUGGUUUGAUGAUCGGUCCAGUUUUCAAAACCUUGGAAAAAAACACCCAAAACGGAUAAAAAUAAAUUUUAAAAAAAUGAAAAGAGAAAGGAUGAGAGAGAAGUUACUUCGUCUCAUCUUCUAUUGCUCCCAGAGACACCGUCCCCCACUUCUCCCAGCCAGCCACCGUUCUCACUUCUCCUCUCUUCCAGCAAGCACCUUCAAUUCCUCUUCUCACAAGUCCCAACAACCGUGCAUUUUGCUGUUCCCUUCUUCCUCUUCCUGAAGCCACGAAUUUCCUUCUCCCUCUCUUAGAAUCCGCCAACCUCUCCCGCUGCUGUCUCCUUCCUAUCUUCUCCUCGUCGCCAUUGCCUUCACAGCAUCCUCUCCUUCGGUCCGUUCCUUCCAGUCACCUUCCAGCCGUGGCUAUGGUCGCCUCCCAGCUGCUGCUGUGUUCGCCUUUCAUCUGUGUCCGUCGGUGCCUCAGUUCUGAUGUGCAUAAUCGGAAUCCAUAACUGAUGAAUCAGGAUUCAGCAUUAAAGAUUGGAUUUGAUCUUAUAUGUUUUCUGCGGCCUUAUUCAGAGCUGCAAGGCAUGGGUUUUCAAGUAGAUUCAAGAGAGAUAGCAUAUUCACGUUAUACUGUCUAGUUGAGGAUUUUCCGACCAUUGCAUCAUAUCCUGCAGCAAGUUGGUGUUUCCAGUCUUCUACUCUUCAUACGUGCAUACAUCCACAAACUUGCAACACAGCAUGGCAUCUUUCAAGGGUUCCAUAUCUACCUUCUCAAUUGGGAUAUCUUUGGCAGAGAUCAAAGAUAUUUGGAAUCCCUGGUAUUUUGAGAAACUCAAAACCUGCCAGAUAUAUAAGUAAUGAAUCAGUUCAGGUGAAGACUGAUUAUGAUGUUGUGAGGUUCUCUCUUGGGUCACCUGAUGAUAUUAGUUCCAUAAAAAAGAGCCCAAAGAAGAAAAUGUCUAGAAAAGCUAAAUUGAAUGAGCUCAGAUUCUACCGCUUGAAGGCUAAAAAGAAGAUGAAUUCCCCAAAUCCAGAGGUUCGAAUUAGAUAUAAGCUUGAAAAGGCCAAGCGAAAAGAAACAUGGUUGAUUGAGAAGCUAAGGAAAUAUCAUAUGCUGAAAAUCCCUGCGGAAACAUUUGAUCCUGAAAUUUUAACUGAGGAAGAGAGGCAUUACCUGAAGCGAACGGGUGAGAAAAAGAAGCAUUUUGUUAUUGUUGGGAGACGAGGAGUGUUUGGUGGGGUAGUUCUUAACAUGCAUCUUCAUUGGAAGAAUCAUGAGACAGUAAAGGUUAUAUGCAAACCUUGCAAACCUGGGCAGGUUCAUGAAUAUGCUGAAGAGCUUGCUCGACUGAGCAAAGGCAUUGUGAUUGACAUCAAGCCUAAUAAUACUAUCAUUUUCUUCCGUGGUAAGAACUACGAACAGCCAAAAAUAAUGUCACCUCCAGAUACAUUAUCAAAAGCAAAGGCCUUGGAGAAAUAUAGAUACGAGCAGUCACUUGAACAUACAAGCCAGUUCAUUGAAAAGUUGGAGAAGGAGCUUGAAGAGUAUCACCAGCACCUCGCAAAAUUUAGAAAAGGGAAAGAUGAUACAACUAAAGAUAUUAAGGGACCAUCGUCUACCAGGACAAAUAAAACUGCAGGAUUACACACUGUUUUAAAGGGAAAAUGUAAGUGGAAAGAACAAUGAAUGGGAAUAAAUGGAUAAUGACUAAGCUUUAAUGUUCAAACACCAUAUUGCAUCAACUACAUUUUUUUCCCCACCCAAUUUAAUUUGUGGUUAUUUGGACGUCAGAAAUUGUAGAAGCAUGAAUCUACCAUUGGUGGACUUUAACGUAUACACGAGCUUCGGACAACGUUAUAUUAUUUGCGCUUAAGGGAGUAUAAGAUCUCACAUUUGAAUAUUUAUUUGUAGUCUCGAGGCCUACAAUUGUCAAGUUGCUAUAUAUCAAACAUGCAAUUAUGAUUAAA